UGUUGAAGGCCUUCAUGCUAUUGUGGUCUCGGACAGGGAUGGUGUGCCGGUUAUCAAAGUUGCCAAUGAUAAUGCUCCAGAACAUGCGCUGCGACCUGGCUUUCUGUCCACUUUUGCCCUUGCCACAGACCAGGGCAGUAAACUGGGGCUUUCUAAAAACAAAAGCAUCAUCUGCUAUUACAAUACAUACCAGGUGGUGCAGUUCAAUCGCUUACCCUUGGUAGUCAGUUUCAUUGCCAGCAGCAAUGCCAAUACUGGGCUGAUUGUAAGUUUAGAGAAGGAGCUCACGCCCCUGUUUGAAGAACUGAGACAGGUUGUUGAAGUGUCUUAACCUGGUGGUGUAGCCGGACUGCAGCAUCCCUCUGCAGCCCAGCGGACAGAAAGAUUCCGUAAUCCUCAGUCAAGUAACACGUCUCAGAAGAAAUACCAGAGCUCCUUAGUGUACUAAGUAAGAGUAAAUUGU